CCUCGCUGGCUGGCCGUCUCGUCGUCGAGCCUAAUUGGCGCCCGGGCUCGGACGCUCAGCGCUUUUCGUCUUUUCCAAUUGGCAAGCUCGGCCAGCUCGCGGGGCAUCGUCUCGCCCUUUCCUAGUGCUGUUCGAUUUCGUAAAUCGAAAAGCGGACCUGCCGAAUCUUCUCUUUCGCGGUCUCUUCCGUGGCCUUCCGCUUCGAUCUCGAAAUCGACGAACUCGACAGCACCCAGGCUGCCUCCAUCUCCAAGGCAUCGGAGCUAGUUCCAACCGACUCCACGGCCCAAAGCAAUUUUUUCGAGUCACUCCCUCCCCCGCUCCCUCCCCCACCCCACCACCACCACCACCACCACCACCAAGUGCUGCCAUCAGGGCCUCCUUGACGGGUUCUUUUGUUUCUUCACUCACAAUUCUCUGUGGCAGGUCUUCAUCAAACUGUCUGCCACGACGCAGCUUCGUUCCCCACCAUUCUUCCUCCAUUCUUUAAAUUUGUCCGGAGCCGCUGUUUUGCGCGUCGUGUCUUUCGUGGUGUCGGGAAAUUUCUUCCCUUCCUCCUACAAAACUGCUGGAAAUUCAAACAGCUCUAGUGUUUGUCAUCUGCACUGCGGAGUUAGAUUUGUAGACCGGCAGGUUCGAGCGAUCAGAUUUUAAAGUAGGCUGAGAGCUCCUUGACCAAGGGAGCGACUUCAUCAGCCCGAAUCGACUCCCUCGUUCGCUGCCUUGCGGCCCUUUUUACAAGCUCGGCCGCAGGAACUGCGUACGAGGAAUCCGAACGGAGAAGGCAGGGACAACAGUGUAUAGUGUCGCAGUGGUGGGAGAGGAAUUUUCUUCCAUUUCGUCUCUCGAUCGAGCGGCAUCGUGGACUGAAACCUCGGCCCCGCUGGAAGGAAGGGACUCGGGUAGUUGGGACAGUGAUCAAUCUUUAGCUCUUUUUUUGUGGGUUUGAGAGCCAGUGGCCGAGAAUAUCUGCCACCACUUCCCAACGCCGCUACAGCAGACUGCCUUAUUUAUCCAUUUUCCAUCAUUCGUCUGCUACGAGAGGGAUUCAAGGAGAAAAGUGCAGUCCGUGGGCCGGAUCACAUUAGCUCAGCGUCCUGAGAUCAGAGGUCAUAGCGAGAGCUUAUUCUCUCUACAUAUAUUCCUUACAGAAUGGGCGUUGAGCACAUUUCCUGUGCUCCAACACGGCAAUCAUCGAAUGGCUGCGCACAGGUCGGAUUAAUGCCCAUGAUCACGCCACCACUCAGCUUCGAUUGCAAGGAGCUCUACAAUGCGGACAUCAAACAAACAAAUUUCAUUUCCCGCAUUUUCCAUAUUCUCCAAGGGUUGAGGCCCGGAGCGGAUUUGACAUCCUUUCAGUUGCCGCCUCACUUUAAUUUGCCCAAGUCACAGCUGCAAUGUUACGCGGAGAUGGUUUACUGCUGUGGGCAGAACCUCUUAGAGCAAUGCGCCGACGGUGCUACACCGAUGGAAAGGUUUUUGGCUGUCGUGAGAUGGCAUAUUUCCACCUGUCGACCUGCUCCGUUCGGCAAAGCUCCCUACAAUCCCAUUCUGGGUGAGACGCAUCAUGUCACGGCCGGCGAUCUGAAUGUCCUCAUUGAACAGGUUUCGCAUCACCCACCGAUUAGUGCACUUCAUGCAACCAAUCAAAAAAAGAAAAUAGAACUCUCGAAUUGGAACCGGCCCGUGCCAAAAUUCAUCGGUACUUCAGUGGAGGUCACAAUUGAAGGCCGGAACUACCUAACAUUAGCUGAGUAUGGGGAGACUUAUGUCAUGACGCCUCCCAAGCUGAACUUCAGGUUUCUACCUCCCCAGGUAUCAGAAUGGACAGGAGACACAACAGUUACUUGUGUGCAGACGGGUUUGCAAGCUACUGUGACCUACAAGUCUCGGUCUUUGCUCUCCCGUGGAAGCAACAGAGUUACCGGCAAAGUCUGCAAAAUCGACUCCUCAGAAAUUUUGUACUCAUUAAAUGGCAGCUGGGACCAGACUGUGACGCUGGAGGAGAAAAUGACAGGGAAGAAGUCAGUCCUCUAUGAUGCCAAGGCAGCUCUAAGUAAUCUGAAAGCACCUGUAAUCAAGAACCCUCAGGCUGUGUCCCCCAUGGAAUCUGUUGAAGUAUGGAGAAAGGUCACCGACGGAGUGUGGAAUCAGGACUGGGACAUGGCAAGGAAGGCCAAAACCACCGUGGAAGAGACACAACGGGAUUUAAGGAAGCAGAGAGCAACUGAUGGUAAAGCCUGGAAGCCCAAGUACUUCAGUAAAACAUCUCAAGAUGAAUGGGAGUGGCAAUUGAAGGGCCAUCCCGUUCCUGAAGGCCCCAUUGUUUUGGAGUCGAAGUAGAUGCAAUUUUUUUGGCUUCCCUCAUUUUUUUGGUUCAGAUAUUGUAAUGGAUCAUUCAAGAUCUCUAGUUUUGUCAAUUUGUAAGUAUUUGAGCUAGUCUGACAGGUCGGAUGUAGUAGUAUCGAGAGGAACGCACAAGAUCAGUUUGAAACAAGAAACAAUCCAAAGAAGAUAUAUCAUGCAAAGUGAUGUGUACAGAUAAGUUUCAUAAUCACUAGGAUAUUCAAGAGACGAUACAGAGUUUACACGCACUCGAAUUUUAACAGAGUCGGCUCAAGUUUUGGCUCCUAGUGCAGUCCUCAUCGGGCAACUGCUUAUGUACCAAAGUGUAAAUAUUAAUAAGAAAGCUUCAGCUGGAAGCUGCAUUCUGCAGAGUAAAGUACAUGUGACAAAAUUCUUGC